AUGGUCUGGAAAUGAUGACAUGCUUUUGGGUGAACUCAAAAAUGAUGGAGACAUUGCUGUAGAUAUCAGAUAUUCAGUCGUGAUUAUGUAAAGAAACAUUUCUUAGCAUGUUGUCUGGUUUUCAGGAACAUUAUGCACCGCCACAUCAGACAGAUGCAUAUCUGCGCCCUGUCAGAACGGAGCCACCUGUGUGGACACCGCAGACGACUACGCCUGCAUCUGUUCCAAAGAAGGGAUUCGUUACAUGGGCAGAAACUGCAGUGAACUGUACGACGCCUGCUCCUUUGCUCCAUGUGAAGCAUGCAGAAGCUCCCCUGGUGCCACAGAAUACCAGUGUGUGUGCCCAGAGGGACUCACAGGUGAUAACUGCACAGAGGAGGUGGACGAGUGUCAGAGCAACCCUUGCUCCAAGCCUCGUUCUGUGUGCGUGGACCAGCAUGUCAGAUACUUCUGCAGAUGUCCUGCUGGCUAUAGUGGACAUAAUUGUCGGACACGUGUUGUGGACUGCAUUGAUGAACCCUGUGAGAACAACAGCACCUGCAUAUUGCUGCCAGAGGGAUUUGAAUGCCAGUGUACACCGGGGUUUAAAGGCAAGACCUGUGAGGAGGAUGUGGACGAGUGUUUAUCAGAGCCCUGUCAGAACGGGGCUAUCUGCAGAGACGGAGUGGCAGAGUUCAACUGUUUUUGUGUGCCCGGUUUUCAGGGCUACAACUGUGAAAUAGAUAUCAAUGAGUGUGCAUCACGACCAUGUGACAACAACGCCACCUGCAUCAACGAGAAGGAUCGCUAUGAGUGUGAAUGCCUGCUGGGAUUUAAAGGACUGAACUGUGAAGUUGAAGUCGAUGAGUGUGAGACCAACCCAUGCCUAAAUGGAGGCUUCUGCCACGACUUAAUAGGCAUGUACUCCUGUGAAUGCGCACCUGGAUUUGAAGGCACUGACUGUGAAGUUGAUGUUGAUGAAUGUGCCAGUGAACCUUGUCAAAAUGGAGCUCUGUGUCGGGACAUGGUGAACAGUUAUAGAUGUAACUGCACAGACACAGGUUUCCAUGGAGACCACUGUGAGGAGGACAUCCUCGAAUGUGCCUCUGGUCCCUGUCAACAUGGUGCUACCUGCCUCGAGGGAGUCAAAGCAUUCAGCUGCCUGUGCUGGCCAGGUAGUGUGACUUCAUGA